AUGUAUAGUGAUAUUUAGUAAGUCAAGGAGAGAUCAUCUUAGAGUAAAAAGUCAAUUAAAAAGAUUGGGAAUUUUCACAUAUACCUGGAUAAAGAAAUAGGCAAAGGAGCAUUUUCUUAGGUAUAUUUAGCAGAGCAUUAGAAAACAUAGGAAAUAGUUGCCUGCAAGGAAAUUCCAAAUUCCAAAUUGGAAAGUCAACUUGGACUUAAAGCUUAAGAUACUUUACAAAAGGAACUCUCGCUAACUUAAUUAUUAAGGCAUAAAAACAUCGUGAAAUUCGUCUAAUUUAUGAGGACUUAGAAAAACAAUUAUAUCUUCUUAGAAUACUGUGGAGGGGGAGACAUGCGCUCAUUUUUAUAAGAGAGAAAAAGACUCAGUGAAAUAGAUGCAUAAAGGUUUAUGAAGUAGAUAGCUGAUGCAUUAAAGUACUUAUACUAGAACAACAUCAUUCACAGAGAUCUUAAACUAUAGAAUAUCCUACUAACUGAAAAGAGUGAAAAAGCAACCCUAAAAUUAGCUGACUUCGGAUUAGCUAGGAGAUAUUAGUCAGAAGAUCUUUUUGAGACGACAUGUGGUACUCCAAUUUACAUGGCCCCUGAGAUUUAAAGAAAAGAGACUUAUGAUUAGAAGGCAGAUUUAUGGUCUGUUGGAGUGAUUUUAUUUGAACUUGUUGCUGGAGUUCCUCCUUUCAUGGGAAGAAAUAGAGAAGAGCUCAAAUUAAAUGUUGAGAAAGGCAACUACAGAUUUCCACCGGGAGUUUAAGUUUCAAAAAUAUGCUUGCACUUAAUUUCUUAGCUUUUAUAAUCCAAAUCUGAGGACAGAAUAUAAUGGACAGAUUUCUUUGCCCAUCCUUUUGUAGCAUACGAUGAGAAAAUAUUUAAGCAAGUAUUAGAUGAAAUAAUGCCUUAAUAGAAUAAAAUAGCUUAAGAACUUCCUCCUCCAACUUAUACUGCUUAAAAAUAAAACAACAAUUCUUUGCCAACAAAUUAGAAAUAAAUUGAUCAAAAUCCUAAAUAAAAUUAACAAUAAAUUGAAGUUGUAAAGUAAAAUUAGCAAUAGCAGUAAAAUAAUGAACCCAUUUAAUAACCUAAAAUAGAAUUAAAGUAAAAUUCUAAUGGGAAACUUGAUAAUAAAAAGAGCAAUAAUAGAUAUGGAAAGAACGUUUUAGAUUUUAAUGACGAUGAUGAUGAUGGUUUUUUGAACAUUAAGCCUUAAAUUGAUGAAGAGCAAAAGCUAUAAGCAUCUAAAAAUUAACGUUUAAAUACAAAUUAGGUAAACACAAUCUAGACGUAAUACAAACCUCAAUCAUAUUCCAAUCAAGAUUAGAAGCAGAUAAGUGAAUCAAAUGAUUCAUUAACCAAAGAAGAUCUAGAUGAGGCUAUUGAUGAUACAUAUCAUGCUAUCGAAUAUCUCUUUUAAAGAUGCUUUUAAGCAUUGAGAGUAGGAUAGACUGAGAUUAAUGGAAUGGAGAAGAUAAACACUUUUAAUUAAUAUCUAUAUGAAAAGUAGCUAAAAUACUUACUCUUUAACUUAGCUAUGGAAUUAAGAAUGUUCUUAAUAGCUUUUUGCUCAGAAGAAUUUCUAAAGGACCAUAAUAACGAAAUAUACAUGAAAUAUGCAAAAAAAAUUAAGUAAAUGUGGGACAAGUAUGAUAGCCAAGAUUAAAAUAUAGAGUAAAAUAUGGAAUCAAGACAUUCGUUAAAGAUAUACUAAUCUUAAGUUAGAGAGAUAAAGCUUACACCAUAUUUCCUUGAGAAAGUGUAUGAGAAGCAUGGAGUGAAGAUCAUAAAGAUGAUGUAGAUUUCGAUGGAUAAAGAUAUUUACGUUGAAUUGCUAGACUUCAUUAUAGAUAUUGGCUAUAUAAUUGAAACUAUAUAUCCUUCUUAGAUUGGUAAUGAAAUCCUUAGUUUUGCAUUCAACUUGUGUACAGAGGCUGCUGCACUGAGAGAAACUGAUGAGAUUAGCAAGGCUAAACAGAAGUAUGAGAAUGCACAGUUUAUAAUUGAGGAAUUGAUGCGUGAAUAUACCUAUUCCUUAGAUUUAUCAAGUGAUGAGAGUUAAAGACAUUCGAAUGAACUCAUAAAACUCCAGCCAGAAAAUCAUAAGUAAAGCUCUUUAAACAGAAAUAUAAGAUCUUUCACCUUUUUGAAGAAUCAACCAAAGAUACUGAUAAGCAAGGAGUCUCAUAAAAUGAUGCUAAGUACUCAAAAGAUGAUAGAAAAGCGACUUUAAAGUCUAGAAAAUAAAUAGAAAAAACUCAAUUUGUAAAAUUAGCAGGAAUGA